CAGCAAUUCAAGCCCAUUCUUGGGAACGAUACCCUUAUUUGCUUACGGCCUUCUUGCAUAUUGCAGUCGAGCAAUUCGAGUCUAUACAUAUUAUAAUCGAAGUUCUUUUCAUUCUAGAUACCUCGUGUACCGCAUCCACCAACACAGCAGCCAUGGACGAGCUUCUAGCCAAACACCGCAAGGAACAAAAAGACCUCCAAGCGAGAAUCACCCAGAAAAAGAAAUCCGCCACCAAGAAAACCCGCAAAGGCAUCAACGAUGAAUGCGACCGGAUGCAGCGAGAGCUCACGGAGCAACAACGGGCUCAGAUUGCGGGAUUUAACGGCGAGCCCGUAGAUGGCUUCGAGGACCUCAGUCUCGACAACAGCAAGAAUUCCGAUGACGAAGCGACGGACAAAGACCAAGUCGACAAUUCAUUAGUAGAUAUCCCCACAGAUAGCUCCUACGCCACGCCGACGACGACGACGACCUCAUCGCCCCCCAACAGCAGCACCCCGCAGGCCUCCGGACCACGUCCCAAGAAGCCGAAUCGUCAGAAGGCUCGUCUCGCGCGUCGGGCCGCCGAGCAAGCGGCCCAGUCGGCAAUUGCAGCGGAGGAGGCCGCGAACCAGACUGACCAUCGCGGCAACGAGAAGGAGGUCAUGGAUGCCGUUUUCAAACGCCUGCAGCUGAAGGAGAUUGAGAUCAACCCGGAUGGACACUGUCUGUACUCCGCUAUUGCGAGUCAAUUGGAUGAAAUGGGUCUGGGUCUCAAGCCGGAUCCAAAGCGCAUGAUUCUCCAGGGUCCCACUUCGUCGCGUGUGGAAACGGUGACUUUCCCGAAGCAUGAUGGAUACAGAGCGGUCCGGGCGGUGGCGGCAGACUUUAUCGUCGAACACAAGGAUGACUUCGAGGCCUUCAUGGAGGAACCGCUCGAUCAGUAUACCAGGAAGAUCAAGUUGACGGCCGAAUGGGGUGGACAGCUUGAACUACAGGCGCUUGCCAGGGCAUACGGUGUUGAGAUCAAUGUUAUACAAGGCGAUGGAAGGAUCGAAAAGAUAGAGCCGGGCGAAGCGGAUGAGCUUGAUGACGAGGAGAGGAGCAAGCGGGUCAUCUGGCUGGCAUACUACAGGCAUACAUAUGGGCUCGGGGAGCAUUACAAUGCACUUUCAAAGCAGUCAUAGAGAAAAAAAAAGCAGAAGCGAGAGUCAAUUUGAGCGAACGAGACCAGUGGAUCCGUCAAGCGAUUGACUGAUUCAUGAUGAUGUGUAUCCAUCUCAAAGGACCAGUUUCGGGUCACGAGCAACCUAUCGAUGGCGCCAGAUGGAGACUCGAUCCUGAACCACCCCGUUCUCGUCUUUACCACCCUCAUGUGUUCUAGCAGGCUGCCAGUACGCAACGCGUUCGAGACCGUGCUCGCUUGGUUCGCGAAGGGGAUCCAUCUUGCAUCGACCCUGGGCGUCGUACGGGAUCUUUUCACCCGGGUGACUCAAAUGCUCCAUGUAGGCUUCCGAUGAGAGACCCCAAGGGGGACCUUGCUGCGCUGGAUCCUUGUGCCUUGGGAAUUCGAGGCAGAUCAGAUUGCCGCGCGGUGAAGGCGCCAGGAGCUGCGUGUGUCGCAGAGCCCAGUUUGGUCGCAUCGUCGGAUUCAGUGCGCA